CUUUGUGGUGGGGGGGUGGGGUGGACAACGGUGGUGGGGGCUGGGCCCAGGGCUGGGGCUGGGACCGCUGUAUGCAAUGGGAACCAGGGCCUGGAGAGGGGGCACAGGCCCCAGCAUUUGACUGCCCAGUCUGGUGUGUCCUCUGCCAAGGAUGUAGGGCUAGGCUCAGGGAGGCCUGCCAGAGAGGGAGGGGGGCCAUCAGACUGCCCACAGACAUGCUUAGCAUCAAACUCCCCCAGCUCUUUGACAUCCACCAAGUCCCCAAGGUGUUCCGGGAGGAUGGCAUCAUCUCGGGAUACCGUCACCCCCAAAGCUCCGCCCUGGACUGCAUCCUUAGCAGCUUCCAGAUGACCAAUGAGACCGUGAACAUCUGGACCCACUUCCUGCCCACAUGGUACUUCCUGUGGCGCUUCAGUGUCCUGUGCUCCACACUGAACUUCCUGUCGGAGAGCUACACCUGGCCGCUGCUGGUGUACAUGCUGCUAAUCUGCGUGUACCCCUUCACCUCCAGCUGUGCCCACACCUUCAGCACCAUGUCCCCCGAGGCACGCCACAUCUGCUACUUCUUCGACUACGGCGCCCUCAGCCUCUACAGCCUGGGUUGUGCCAUAACUUAUAGCUCCUAUGUGAUGCCUGACUGCUGGGUCAACAGCUGGCUGCACCAACACUUUGUGCCCAUCGCCAUCUGCAACACACUAUUCUGCACCAGCCUGUCCUGCUAUUCUAGAUUCCUGGAGAUGCAGUUUCCACACCGGAGUAAAAUUCUCCGGACAGGGGCAUUUGUCUUUCCAUUCAUCUUUGACAACAUCCCUCUAUUUUACAGACUGCUGUUGUGCUGCGGGGGCAGCUGCUGUCACAGUGAGGCCCUGCCCAGUCACUGUUACCACCUCCUCUUCGCCUUCCUCACCUGCUUCCUGUUUGCCUCACACCUCCCAGAGAGGCUGGCCCCGGGGCGCUUCGACUACUUUGGUCACAGUCACCAGCUUUUCCACAUCUGUGCCGUGGUGGGUACCCACUUCCAGAUGGAGGCGGUGCUAGCAGAUAUGACCUCACGCAGGGCGUGGCUCAUCGCCCAGGCGGCCGUACCCUCCUUCCUGAGUACCCUGGGGGCACUGGCCCUCGGCAUCAUCCUCAACCUAGGCAUCAUUGGCAUCUUCAGUGCACCUCUGCUGUGGAACCCUCACCACAGUGCCAACCACCCACUGACGCCACCCACGAAACGCAAGGAACAGUGACACUCCCCACAACCAGUGACCAACCAGUAUGUUCAAAUGAAAAGGUUUGGCUAAAUCAUUCUACCAGUCGUGAACUUUGGAAAUAAGAACCAUAAGAAGUUAUAUUAUACCUUUUAAAACCAGGUAUUAUUUGUAUAAACCCAUUGGAUUAUUAUCACAGGAUGGUUUUUCUACAUGUUAAUCUAACGUCAUUAUAAGGUUUGUUUAGGAGUUUAUUAAUGUGUUCACUGUUUGAAGCCGAAUACCCAGCUAUUUCUAUGAAGCCUUUCAGUUAUUCAGUAUCAUUGUAUAAUGUUAAAGAUUUGGAGGUAUUUUGAGUUAAAGUAUCAUAUGCCAACUUCUUUUCACUUAUACUUGAAAGGAUCUGGGUUGUAUGAAGCAUAUGUGAUGUCUAACAACACAUAAAAGUGCCUUUUUCUAUAUAUAUAUAUUGACCCAAAUGUUACCUAAGUACUUGUAAAUAUUAUUUCUGGUUCGUGUAAAUCUCAAACUGGAAAAAUCUUUAACUGUAAAUUUGUAGGGAAUUUUCAUAUUAAUAUAUAAGUAUUUAGCUACUGUUUUUGAAAUGUCCUAUAUAUUUGUAAGCCAUUAUUAGAACAUCUCAAAAUCCAUAUUUAAUAUAAAUUAUGACUAUCCAUUACAUGAUUCUCAUGACUUCUAAAAUAAUCUGUACUCUCACUAACUGGACUACUUAGUAUGAUUCCACCAUUUUGAUUUAAUAUUCAAUACCAUCUCAUUUAAAUCUCCACUAUGACUUUAAUAGAUUUAUAGACCAGUGUAGUACUCAUUCAGAUUAACCUUCUCUAAACGUCUACACUAAAAAAGGUGCUAUCGAGGACCUAAAAGGGUUCUUCGACUGCCCCCAUAGGAGAACCCUUUUUGGUUCCAGCUAGAACCCUUUUGAGUUCCUUGUAGAACCCUUUCCACAGAGGGUUCUACAUAGAACCCAAAAUAGUUCUAUCUGGAGUCAAAAAGGGUUCUACCUGAAACCAAAAAGGUUUCUCCUAUGGGGACAGACGAAGAACCCUUUUGGAACCCUUUUUUUCUAAGUGUGUACCUGAAAGCUACAGCACUGUACCAUGUCUAUGAUUAAAAAACAGGUGACAUUUUACAGAGGUACGUUUCCAUGGAAACUUCAUGGUUCUUCGCAGUUUGUGUUCCUGUGAAUGCCCAGUCACUUGAAUUGUUCUUUGGAGUACUCUUAUUUUUUACUUCUACAACAUACAGUAAUGGUCAUUGGAUGCAUUUUUUUUAAACACUACGUGCUGUUUAAAUGUCAGAGAAUUACUGAAAUUCACCCUAAAACAUACACAUGUUUUAGGGAGAUAGGACAUUCCAAAUGACCUUGUUUAUAACAGCUAUCUGAUGGAAGAAAUCUUAGAUGAUGGUGCAGAACAGAACUGAAUGAGUGAUGUCACCUCACCUCCCAGGAAUGGGGAUGUGGUCAGUGGAGGUCAAAGGGUCUUGGCACUGUCGUAUUCAUGUGGUAUCGUGGUGGUCAUUGCAGGUUUAUGGCAAACCAAUACACCGCUCACCCCAUGCUGAUAUAACAUUGUCAGUGGCUAUUGUUUACAUGUAUCCUCGAAAAAGAGUGUGGUAUCUCUUGAGUAUUUAUUCCUUGUAGUAUAUAUAACAGCACCUACUGUUUCUGUUCAGUUGUAAAGUGUGAAGCAUAUGUACAGGUAAUGUACAGCCAAAAUAAAGGACCACCACGAGCUUCCAGAACAGCUUCUAUGCCUUGGCAUAGUUUCUACAAGUGUCUGGAACUCUAUUGGAGGGACGCGACACCGUUGAUGGUGGUGGAAAACACUGUCUUAGGUACCGCUCCAGAUUCUCCCAUAAGUGUUCAAUUGGGUUGAGAUCUGGUGACGGAGAGACACACACACACACACACACACACCCUUUAAAACCCUUAUGCUCCUUUGAGACCCCUCUUUCAAAGUCACUGAAAUCUCUUCUAGCUAUGGUAGCCAAAAUAAUGGGAAACUGGGCAUUUUUAUACAUGACCCUAAGCAUGAUGGGAUAUUAAGUGCUUAAUUAACUCAGGAACCACACCUGUGUGGAAGCACAUGCUUUCAACAUACUUUGUAUCCCUCAUUUACUCAAGUGUUUCCUUUUUUCUGGGAAUUACCUGCAUAUUUACAUUAUUAUUUUUGUAAAUGUUUUAGAUGAGGAAAAAUGAUUAAUUACAUCCCCAACAUCAUAUAAUCAUUUCUUGACAUAAUAGCACUUACAUGUACCACGCUAGACCUAACACACAUGUCAUUAUUUUAUCAUGUAGCUCUGUGUCCAGUAUGUAGGGGAGACCAGGGUUGGUUGUCACAGUGCUUAUAACUCCAAAACUAGAGGGCACUGUGUAAUCAUUUUUAGAUUAAAAUGUGUGAAUUCUUUGAAAGAACUAAUCCAUCUGGUUAAUUUAUGUCAUCAUAACAAAGCAUUGAAGUGAGGGGAUUUGUUUUCAUAGAUGAAAGUAAAAAAAUAUAUAAAAAAGAUGUCAGUAUUUUUUUAAAUAAAUGUUUGAAUUAUGGGAGUAUACAUGUAAAAAAAAAUAUUAUAGGGAGAGCUACAUUCCACACCCAUGUGGUAACUAUCAUCGUAAUUAGCAUUGGGUGCUGUUGCUAUAAACCUUCCGUCCCAAUAAACCUGAACACCUUUGGCCGGCAUAUCAAAAUGUGUUGGGAAUAAUAUACAGUUGAAGUCAUUAAAACUCGUUUUUCAACCAUUCCACACAUUUUCUGUUAACAAACUAUAGUUUUGGCAAGUCUAAUAGGACAUCUACUUUGUGCAUGAAACAUGUAAUUUUCCCAACAAUUGUUGACAGACAAAUUAUUUCUCUUAUACUUCACUGUAUCACAAUUCCAGUGGGUCAGAAGUUUACAUACACUACGUUGACUGUGCCUUUAAACAGCUUGGAAAAUUCCAGAAAAUUAUGUCAUGGCUUUAGAAGCUUUUGAUAGGCUAAUUGACAUCAUUUGAGUCAAUUGGAGAUGUACCUGUGGAUGUAUUUCAAGGCCUAUCUUCAAACUCAGUGCCUCUUUGCUUGACAUCAUGGGAAAAUCAAAAGAAAUCAGCCAAGACCUCAGAAAAUAAAUUGUGGUCCUCCACAAGUCUGACUCAUCCUUGGGAGCAAUUUCCAAAUGCCUGAAGGUACCACUUUCAUAUGUACAAACAAUAGUACCCAAAUAUAAACACCAUGGGGCCACGCAGCCGCCAUACCGCUCAAGAAGGAGACGCAUUCUGUCUCCUAGAGAUGAACGUACUUUGGUGCGAAAAGUGCAAAUCAAUUCCAGAACAACAGCAAAGAACCUUGUUAAGAUGCUGGAGGAAACAAGUACAAAAGUAUCUAUAUCCACAGUAAAACAAGUCCUAUAUUGACAUAACCUGAAAGGCUGCUCAGCAAGGAAGAAGCCACUGCUCCAAAACUGCCAUAAAAAAGCCAGACUACGGUUUGCAACUGCACAUGGGGACAAAGAUUGUACUUUUUGGAGAAAUGUCCUCUGGUCUGAUGAAACAAAAAUAGAACUGUUUGGCCAUAAUGACCAUCGUUAUGUUUGGAGGAAAAGGGGGAGGCUUGCAAGCCAAAGAACACCAUCCCAACCGUGAAGCAUGGGGGUGGCAGCAUCAUGUUGUGGGGGUGCUUUGCUGCAGGAGGGACUGGUGCACUUCACAAAAUAGAUGGCAUCAUGAGGGUUGAAAAUUGUAGACGUAUUGAAGAAACAUCUCAAGACAUCAGUCAGGAAGUUAAAGCUCCGUCACAAAUGUGUCUUCAAAUGAACAAUGACCCCAAGCAUACUUCCAAAGUUGUGGAAAAAUGGCUUAAGGACAACAGAGUCAAGGUAUUGGAAUGGCCAUCACAAAGCCCUGACCUCAAUCCUAUAGAAAAUCUGUGGGCAGAACUGAAAAAGUGUGUGCGAACAAGGAGGCCUACAAACCUGACUCAGUUACACCAGCUCUGUCAGAAGGAAUGGGACAAAAUUCACCCAACUUAUUGUGGGAAGCUUGUGGAAGGCUACCUAAAGUGUUUGACCCAAGUUAAACAAUUUAAAGGCAAUGCUACCAAAUACUAAUUGAGUGCAUGUAAACUUCUGGCCCACUGGGUAUGUGAUAAAAGUAAUAAAAGCUGAAAUAAAUCAUUAUCUCUACUAUUAUUCUGACAUUUCACAUUCUUAAAAUAAAGUGGUGAUCCUGACUGACCUAAGACAGAGAAUUUUUACUAGGAUUAAAUGUCAGGAAUUGUGACAAACUGAGUUUAAAUGUAUUUGGCUAAGGUGUAUGUAAACUUGCACAUUGGGAAGAUGUUGCAGAGACAUCAAAAUAGAAUAUGAAUGCCUGGCCGACAUAUACAGUACAUUCUGCAGUUCUACAUAGUUUAUGUAGUCUAAAAACAUCUGUGAGAUGCCAAUUAGCAAACCAUGUCUAAACUGCAUCUCCCUAUUCAUAGCGUGUACAUCCAUUGGCCAGAGGUUUCUCUGCUAUCUGGGUUUGUUGCCUUUCUCUCCCAAACACUUUUUCUGUCACACACCGACACAUGUACACAUGUGUGUGCAAACACACGCACACACAAAUUGACUCAAAAUGUCAUAUGUUCUUCUAAGGCAUAAAAUGAUGAAUUUUGCUAGGAAUAUCAUUCGGUCAAAGAAAGGCAUGGCUAUUUCUAAGAUGCUGUAUACUAUAUUGAUUAAUUUCCUGUUACAAAUGGAAAGAACUACUAGCCAACAUUGUGACCACCAACCCCAUCAGUGGAGUCUGCCUAGGGGUGGACGGCGCAUAAUAAUGGCUAGAACAGAGCAAAUGGAAUGACAUCAACCGCAUGUAAACUAUGCAUUUGAUAUAUUUGAUACCAUUCCACUGAUUCCACUCCAACCAUUACCACGAGCCCGUCCUCCCCAAUUAAGGUGCUACCAACCUCCUGUGAACCUUAUACUGUGUGACAACCAACCCUGCGAUGGGGCUGGUUGUCACAAGUGGACAGAGUGUGUUUGAUGGCUUAUUACUCCAUGUUGGAAUAAGACAUACUAAUAGGAUCCCUAUUUCAACCCAAGACCUUGGUCUUUCUAUUCAUGGUGAAGGAGUCUUGUUACAUAUACACACCAGAGUAAAACGUGUGACAACCAACCUCAGUCUCCCCUAAAGGCUUUGGGUGGUUAUGAGGGAAUAGAAAGUGAUAUGGUGAUCAGUGAGGGAAAUGGACUGUGUUGCAGGUCGAGCAGAGUGUACAGGCAGUGUAGGCACACACACGCGCACAUACACACAAAGACACACCUCAUUUUACUCCAACGAGUGCCCUAUUGUUUGAAAAAAAAAAUUGUUUCCAGGGGUUAGUUUAUUGAACACAGAUAGACCUAUAUAUUUGCCCUUUUCAUCAUUAUACUACUCAGUUUUCCACUAUUGAUUUUGGUAUGGUGCUUUCAUCGUCUUACGACUUGUUUCUUGGAAGUGGGUUGUGACUAGCGUGUGGCCGACCAUAUCGACCAUAACUGUAUCUGAAUUGACAUAUUGUAGUGCUGAAUAUAUCUGCAGUUGGUGCAUAUAACCUAUUGUCCUUUUAAGUUUUUGAAUAUUUGAAUGCUCAACUAAAUUUCUAAACAUUCUGUCAUGCUUUUGUCAUUGAAAUCUACUUUCGAUUUUUAACUAGAUUAUCGCUGGAAAAAAGUGAUGACCUAUUAGUUCAAAUGCGUCUGUUUGUUUACAGCGAUCCCUUUCAUGAAGCUACAAUGAGGAUUUCUCAAAGUGUGUUCAUAUUGAAUGACAUGUUACAGUAAGUAAAAUAGGGAGCUAUGCAAAGAUUUGGUUGGAUGACACAGAGAACCACACACCAAUGAACUUCCAGUGACUCCUGAAGAGUGCUAGGUUUUAGCAAAGAGGAAAGAAGCGGUUUGAAUGAAUGUCUGUGCUCAUUGUCCUUUCUUACAACCUUUAAUUAAACCUUUAUUUUAAUUUA